AUGAGAAAUACCUCACGCAGCGACUCCCAAAUACUCGUUGCAGCUUCGCCUGUGGCUGCUCUGGCUGGCAGUGCAGGCACGCGCUCGAUGGCGCAAGAAGCCGGGAUGAUUCCAGGCCUCCGCGAGCCUGCCAAAAGGAAAGGCCUGCGAGCACGCGAGCUGGACUUCCAUUCCUCUUCACGCACAGUGCCGCUUCCGCAGUACAAGCCAAUGUUUGAUGUGCAUUUGCAGCACCUGUGGGUCAACCCUAAGAUCAGGCAGACCAUGCAAAGUGCUGGCUUCCUCGAUGACGAUGGUAAGCCAGUCGAUGUCGAUGCUCACAGACGGAAGUUGUUUGUUAUCGAGCAGGAAUUGGCGCAGGCCGACAUGGUGGAGCGAUACCGUGCGAGGGACAAGGAGAGAAAGCGGGAAGAGAUGAUCAUUUUGGCAAAGCGUCAAGAAGUUCAUCAGCAGCGCAUUGAUGCUGCCGGGUUCAGGCUGUUCGUGAAGGUCGCCGACGGCGUCGAGAAGUCACUGCGGACGGCAUGGGUGCUAGAAGCACAAGCAGCCUGCCGGCUAUUGGCAAUGAUAGCCCUGUCUCCUGAUCGUGGCUGCACUGCUGCUGGCUGCAAAGUGCAUGGCGAGAUCAGCAUCACCCCUGCAGCUGAGUGGGCAUGUUCCGAUGGGGCAACCGGACUGUUCGAUGUCGUGUCGAUUGCAGUCAAACAGCUUAUGGCAAUCGUGCCUGCCAUCAUCAUCCUAGCACUGCGACAGGCCGGGGAUCGCGAAUCGGCCAUGCGCACGGCCGAGGUGUGUGCUUGCUGCCUUGCAGGACUCUGGCAGCAGAUCGACAAAUCGGGGGUGGACUUUCGCCGCGGGGGCUUCGUGACCCACACGUCCCCAAAGCUGGAGAACACAGUUCCAAGAAGGUAUAGCACUGGUGUCGUCCCCACGGCCUUCGCCACGGACACAUUCCGUGAGUCCCAGGACUGGUUUCGCCACGAGAGUGCGGCUCCUCGACCAAGGACGCCGAAUGCCACGCCCCGCAAUGCAUCGCCUCGGGGCGAAAGAGGCCUCUUUGGAAGCCGCUCGCCACGGUCCCUGUCGCCCCGCUCCCCCCUUCGAAGGAGCAUGUCAGCGCGGGCAACAUUCCGGGACAAGCCGGCUAAUCUCUUCGACCGUGCUGAUGAGUCCUUCUGGCUCAGCCCUCGCACACCGAGGAAUCUGAGCAAGGUGAAGUCGGAGAUAGAACUAACUGCGCCUCGUGGCAGCUUCAGCCGUGGCAGGUCCGAAUGCUUGCCAGACCGGAUGAGCGCACGACAGCUCAGUGCUCGCCCAGACAGCGCACGACCACUAAGUGCCCGUGUGGAUGCGAGCCCUCGACAGCGUGCUGUUAGCCCGCGAGACACGCUGGGACAGGAUCGAGACUGUCGCAGUCCGAGCGCAGCAUCAAGGGUGCUCAGUCCGAACUGGAACAUGUCCGAGGACUGGAUGGCGUAUUCGCGCCCACGUGAUCCCAGCCCGGUUGCGGUUAAAGCUGACCGCACGAUGCCGUCGUCGAACUUCAGCUCUGCAGUGCGGCGAAUGCACAGUGGCAAGAUCACGAGGAACUCGGAGAAUUGGUGCGUGGCCCAGUACACAGACAUGAACGUGUGCAGCGGAGGAAUUCUUGGUUCGGUGAUGUUUCACAAGGUGGCCCAAGGGACUUCUGAUCACACUGUCUGGGACUGGGACGGCUUCAAAGCGAAGAAUCGCAAAGCACGUGUCCGAAACUCUGAAGACUGCCAGGUUGAGGAUGAACGGCGAGGCGAGAAUUUCCAACUUUCUCGCGGAAAGAGAACAGGCUUGAACAAGGACCCUGAGAUCGCCAAGAAGUUGAUGCGCUUCGAAGCACACAGGGUGCCAGAGCCACCCCCGAACAACCGUCGACACCAGUUCUCGGAGAAUCCUCAGGCGGCGAAGCACGUGGAGGAGUUGCGCGCUCUCAGCCCGCGCAGACUGGCCGAUGCCGCCUUGGCCGACACUCUAAGCCCAGCAGGAAAGGCAUCCGCGACAGUGUCAGUUCAGCAUCGAACCAGUGGCGAGAUGGCGGCAGCCGUGCAGCCGGAGCUGUCGCCACGGCGAGGGGGUGCAGAGAAAUACUUGGUGGGCGAUGAGUUGGUGGACAUCGAGAACCGGGGCUUGCGCAAGAGCCAUGCCGUCAAGAAGGCGCGAAGUCGACAUCAUUGCAAUUCCGACGAGGUGCGAGAGCACAUCCAGCAGCCGGCCUCUCCUCGCUUGAGCUUUGACCACUUCGGGGGGAGUAGCCACGCCUCUGCGUCGCGCUUGUCACGCCAGGGAUCCCGCGAGCUCGGCUAUCCCGAGCUCGCGCUCCGAGCGGGAGCGAAGGGUGCACGUCUUCGGAGACUUCUCUGUCGUCCCAGCCACGAUGCCGAAGGACACAGC